GUGCUCAAUGCGCUUUACCGAUCUUUUAAGUAAUAAUAAGUGUUAAAUUAAACCUAUUUGUAUACCUAUUGAAGCAAAAUAUCAACAUGAAACCAAGCGGUGGUGGUGAUGAAUUUGAAGAGCCAGAACAUAUGCGAAAGUUGUUUAUUGGAGGUCUGGAUUAUAGAACUAAUGACGCAUCAUUAAAAGAGUUCUACGAGCAAUGGGGUGAUAUUGUAGAUGUGGUGGUGAUGAAGGAUCCCCAGACGAAGCGUUCAAGAGGAUUUGGCUUUAUCACAUACUCUCGAGCUCAUAUGGUUGAUGAUGCCCAAAAGAAUAGGCCCCAUAAAAUUGAUGGGCGAGUAGUAGAACCAAAGCGAGCAGUGCCUAGGGAUGAAAUUAAGCGGCCAGAUGCAAGUGCUACAGUUAAAAAGCUAUUUGUUGGAGGUCUCAAACAGAACAUUGAGGAGGAUGACUUGAAGGAGUACUUCAGCUCUUACGGGAACAUAGUCUCCGUGAGUUUAGUGACUGAAAAAGAGUCUGGCAAAAAGAGAGGGUUUGGAUUCGUAGAAUUCGAUGAUUAUGACCCUGUUGAUAGAAUAUGCUUGCAGCAAAACCAUAAGAUCAAUGGGCAGCGUUUGGACGUAAAGAAGGCUUUGUCAAAGUCAGAGAUGGCCACGGGCGGGCCCGGCGGUGGCGGCAGCAGCAGUGGCAGGCGCGGUGGCGGUCGCGGCGGUGGUAGCGGCGGCUGGGGCAACCAGCAGGAUUGGGGCAAUUCAGGUUAUAACACAGGCUAUGGACAAGGCGGCGGCUGGGGCAACCAGAGUCCCUGGGACUCGAACCAAGGCGGCUGGGGCAAUCAAGGGUACGGCGAUCAGGGCGGUUGGGGCCAGACUGGGAACAACUUUGGUAGUGGCUACCAGCAAGGCUAUAGCGGGGGACCCAUGCGGCCCAAUUAUAACACUGCGCGCUCGCAGCCUUAUAACGCCGGCGGCGGCGGUGGCGGUGGCGGCGGCUACGGCACGGGAGGCGGCGGUGCUGGCGGUGGACCCGGCUACAAUGUGGCUUCCACGCCCGCCGCCGCUGGCUCGCAACGCCGCUUUUAACCACAGGCACCCCUCCGCACACCCUCUCAGCUCUCUUGUGUCAAGUUGCGCUUAGUUGAAGCUAGGCAGGCAGACAUAGAGUAGACGGGAGGUAGGCCAGGAGACAGCUAGCUAGUGAGGGACAAGCGGACUUAGUGAAGCGACUGCAUUACAUAGUCAUUUUACAAUUUUUUUCUUCUCCAUGUAAGGUUUGUUCACAUAAGGUAUCGUAGGCACUAGAUUCUUUUUUCUUAUUUAAGAUAUAGUCGUCUAGCACUGAAUCACAGUUUUUACAUUUGAAAUUCACAAUAUGUAAGCACGGCUUUGUUUCGUGUAACUACUAGUCAGGGCUUGCAGUUCCCCAUUGGGAAUACGUACACGUACGCGGAAAGGGUAUUAACCGAAUAAGUUCCAUUGUAAAAGCUGUGGCUAGAAUGAGUGUUUAGUAUAAGUAACGAAUUUUAUUAAUGUUUAAUGAUAUUUGGUUAGUUUUUUUUUUCAAUAUCGUUUUUGUUUCGCUAGAGACAGCUAUAUGACAUUCCAAAAAAUAUUACGAAGUGGCGAAGUGCAAUCGUUAUGUUAUCCUUAUUAAUUAUAAUAUACAAUUUUAAGGUAAACUUAAACACCAAUAUAGCUAUCAAAUAUAUAAAAUCUAAUUGAUAUUAGUUUAGGAUUGCAAAAGGACUAAAAUAAGGGUUGACACUGAAUAGGUAGUUUAAUGGAAUAUGAGUACCUAAUGAUUUUACUAAGGACUAAAAUGUAAUUGCAAUUGGUUGUUUUAAUCAAUUAAUUUUAUCUUGUUAUGUUUUCCACAUAUUUUAUUUCACAAUAGUGUUAAGGAUUGUUAAUGUAGCAAUAAUAAUUUUAUUAUAUUGUUUGUGUGCAAUGGAUUAAAUAAA